ACGCAAGGGACAUCAUCUGCUAAAGCACAAUCUUUGAGCUCACGGUGAUCGACAUCUGCGGGUCAAACUCGAGACGUUGCCGUUGAAUAGGCCCGAUCGACCUUGCUCAAGCCGAACGAUAACAAACCCCGGACGAUGACGUCGGUGGAUUUCGACAAGUGAUUCGAGGUCCCUGGAUCAAGCACGACAUGUCCAGAUCUCUGCCUGGUCACACGGCUCAGGUCUACUUCUAAGCCAUUCAAGUAGUCUGGAGAGUCUUCUGCCUAGCAAUAUACGCAAGACGAGAUCGGACCUUUACUUUGAGUUCGGGACAAUUCCUCUCUGGAAGUGGUACGGCUCUGUAUCAUGCCUCGCUCGGACCGCCCGCUGGCCUUUGAGAUGGUGGUUCUAGGCCAGUCGGGAGGACCUACGGAAACAGGACUAUCAGGAUACAUACUCAAGCCGUACGAAACGAGUUGGACAGACGGUUGGGUCGGGCUGGAGGGAGGUUCCGGAAUGGGUGCCUUGAGCUCCCUUCUGCAGCAAGGAGCAGUGAACACGGCUUUGCGGGAACGAAUCCAGCUCGCCGGUUCUUCGCAUUCUUCCAUGGUCGAGCUCCCAUUACAACCACUUCCAGCCACUCCAGACAUGACUCCACACAACUCUGGUCUGUCGGAGAAAUUUCCGACUGUACUGGAAGUAGAGGACGAAGCACACGGAAAGGUUACGUUGAGAUCUCUCGGCGUGUCCACCGGAUCGGAGGAGGAUGACAUGCCCUUGAUAGAGGAGGGAUCGAUGUUCCCAGGAAUGCAAUGGCCAGCGGAAUGCGUAUCCCCGUUGUUGAAAGCCGGGUGGUUCUUCAGCUUACUUACCUGUCAGCUCAUCACCCACGCUCAUUUCGACCAUAUCCUAGCCAUGGUGCUCGCUACCGGUUCCCUCCCUCCCCGAAGCCUGCCGCCUUACCCACCCGGAUCGCUCCCUUCUGACAAACCCGUCCGGAUACAGGUUUAUGCACAGCGGAAUGUUUUGGAAAAGAUCUCGACCGUGUACGACGGAGAGGUUUGGCCGGAGCUGGGUGCGUGGGCGGGUCGGCCGAUACCGCCUGGGGAUACGAUUCUCGGUAUGGGAUCAGGGUUGAGCGGGAUCAAGAGCCGGUUGGAAGGUAUGAUGGAUAGUCUGAUACGUUCUAAAGACGACGGUAACUGUACGGCCGACGAGCCGGGCGAACGGGUCAACAAGGAAAAUAACGGCGGUUCAGAAGAGAUGGGCAGACAAGAGCCGGCUAGACAAGUAUGUGCUCCAAUGGACGGCAUCGGGAUCCAAUACUGCCCCAUGCCUUCGUGCCUGCGCUAUCAACGACUGCCCAUCUCGGGCAUCUCUCGUAUUGACCCUACUCGCCGUAUCGGCUUGAGCGCUCUUCACAUGCCUGUCAAGCAUGGGGAAACAAGUCGAGGGACGUGCGAAUCAUCAGCAUUCUUCAUCAACGCCGAUACGUGCCUCGCGUCGCACGACAUGGAGACGAUGACGACACCGCCCGACGGACCGGAGAUAUUGUUCUGGGGGGAUGUGGAGAGUUCGAUCGACGAGGACGUCCGGGUCGAAGACGCGACGGAUGUAAACAUUCAGGUCUGGCGGGAGGCGGCGAGGCGUUGGAAUCAAGGGAGACUUGGAGCCGUCUUUAUCGAAUGUUCUUACGCGUCUGACCGACCGUGCCAUCUGAUGUUCGGUCAUCUUCGGCCCCAAUCACUAUACGCCGAACUCGUCCGACUCGCCGCCUGUGUCUCCUUACUACAAGCACAAUCUCCAUCCGUCUCAUCAAGCUCCUCAUCUUUGUCACUACCUUUCCCGUUGCCUCUUGCAGGCCUCAAGAUUUACAUCAUCCACGUGAAACAACCGCUGAAACCAGAUCCUUCGGGGCUGGGGAUCAUGACGCUGAUCAAGCGAGAGUUGGACGAAUUGGAAGCACAAGCGAAGGGGAGGGGCCAGGGGUUAGGAGUGGAAUUUAUAAUGUUGAGAAAGGGGAUGAGGAUAGUGAUUUGAAUUCGAGAGGAACCGUUGGGAUUCGGCCAAAGAAGCAAUUCGUAACUCAGUGAGCACAAUCUACAGCUCUGAUAGGCUGAGCUGCGGGCCAUCUCGGCGAACGGAAUUGUAAUUUUAGGCAAGGGCAAGCGAGGGGGAAUCUGUGUCGAAGCUGAAAUGACAGGCGAUUACAUGUCAAUGCGACCG